CUUAUCGAUCCUGAUUGUAUUUUAUUGAUUACCUGUUUAUGAUAAUAUUACAAAUUUACACAUUAUAAUGCUGAGGUAAAUUUAUGACCUUUUUAUUAUAGUAUAAGGUCUAUAAUUAAAACUUAUAUUUUUUAUCAUUACAUAAUAUUAUGGUCAAAUUUACCAUUUAAUAUGUUUGUGCCAUUUAUCAAAAAUAUAGAUUUUCGUUAUCAAUACCGACACGUGUAACGUGCUCGCAGUAGCUCAGUCUUAAAAUUUAAGGUUAUGAAUUAUGAUGGAAAACGUAUCUAGUGGCUAGUACCUACGUAAUUCCGAAUUAUUGAUUUUAUCGUCAAAUUUUCAUUCUACAGGUGCUAAUUUUCUACUACGUCUCUCUUCGAAAAAUGUAAGUGAGUGCGAAUUUUUCGUAGUCGGUAUUACGUUGUUAUUAUCAUUUAUGAAUGAAUUAUCUAAGCAGUAGUGAUAGCUGAUAAUUUUCUUGUUUUUGCAGAUGCCCGGACCGCAAAGGAAGAAAAAACAUCACGUUGGUGAUACUUUUUACAAACGGAACUAUAAGACUAAGUACAGGGCAAGAGACAUUGACGAGGUUUAUAAUAAGUAUUAAUAAAUACUAACUAUUGUAGAGUAAAUACUAAAAUACACGUGUAACUAGGUGGGCUAGGCUUUAGUUAAUUUUACUAUAAUUAAUAUUAAUUAAGUUAUUUGUUUUACUACCGCUUACAUGUACAUUAAUUAACAUAAUUGUGUUUUAGGUUGAUAAAGACCUUAAAAAAGAAAAUGCUGAUCGUUUGUUGAAACAAGUACUUGAUUUCGAUAAGCCUGGUGAAGGACAACACUACUGUAUACAUUGUGCGUAAGUACUUUAUCAUUACAAUACCAGAUGAUCCAUUUAAAUGGCUACAAUUUAUUUUUUUUUAAAUUAUUAUUUUAUAUUUUUUAGAAUUUGAGAAACAAACAGCUAUAUAAUAUUAAAUAAAUAAUACUCCAAUCUAUUUAUAGAAUUUUUAAUUUAAGUUAUCACUUGAAAAUUAAAGUUAGGUAGUCUUAAUAAUAUUAAUCUAAAAUUUUAGAGUUGCUUCUUUCUUAAAUGAUCAAAAAAAAUAAUUUUGAAUUCAAUACAAAUUUAGCCACUUAAAUGAAUAAUCUGUAUAAUAAAUAAUACAUACUUAAUUAAUCCCAUUAUUAGGCGUUACUUUUUGAGUGCUCAAGUCCUUCAAGACCAUUUUCGUACCAAAUUACACAAAAAACGGAUAAAGGAACUUAAGCUUGAGCCAUACAGCAUUGAAGAGUCUGAACGAGCAGCUGGUUUCGGCAGUUACAUUGAACCUAAGGCAAGAAUUAUUAUUACACAGCCAAUAAAUGUAGAAGAAUAUAAAGAACCUGAGCAAUUUGCUAAUAUUUGUUCAUUGAAUAUAGACAAACAAUGAUAAAAAAAUUGUCUUCUUCUCUUCAUUCCCUUUUAAAGAUAACUAAAAAAUAUAGUACAUCAAAACUGUACAUACCUUACAAUGAAACUUCUUACAACUAUGUUGUUGUUGAACCUUACAUUGACUUAGAAAAUCGUUUAAAAAAUAUACAAACUUUAAAAGAUAAUAUCACGUUAAGAGGUUUGAGUAUUGAUUUGGAUAAAAUAUUUAAUAAUUGGUCAGAAUUUAUAAAUGUCAAAGAAAAACUAAUCAAUUUAAAUACAGAAAAACAAAAUAUAGCUCUACAAUUAAAGAGAUCUAAAAUGGAUAAUGAUGAGAUUAUCAGGCUUAAAGAGUGUCAAUCAAAAGUCAUAACCCAGUUAAGGUUAAUCAGGGAUCAAAUUACUACUUUAGAAAAAGAAGUUGUUAUUCCUAGUCUUGGUAUACCUAAUACUUUACAUCCCGAUUGUCCUUUAUCUGAAAGUAAAAUUUUGUUUCACUAUGACAGUAAAAACAAAUACAAUAAUAAACAUGGUAUAGGUCAUGUGGAAAUUGGCACAGCAUUAGACUGUAUAGAUUAUACUAAUUCUGUUAUUGUUUAUUUAAAGAAUGAAGCAUCUAUUUUUGAACAAGCAAUAAUGUCUUAUGCGAGUGAAACCCUAGAACAACUGAACUUUGUACCAUUUUGUAAUUCAGAUAUCAUUAAAAGUGUUAUUGUUGAAGGGUGUGGUGGAGAUAUUAACAAUGCAGAUCAAACUUUCAUUCUGAGUGGAAAAAAGUUGCAUUUAACUGGUGGUGCAAGUCUUCAAUCAUUCUGUGCUUUUCUUACCAAACAAAGUGUUGGUGGAAUCAAACUCCCACUGAAGUUGUUUACUACUGGUCGUUCUUACAAACCUUCAAACAAUAAUAACGGAUUGUUCUCUGCUGUACAAACAAAUGCUGUAGAAUUUAUUGUUGGAUCAAUGGAUGAAUACAAAGCUAAAGAACAAUUUGAUGAAAUGUUAGCUAUUUAUAAACAUUUAUACACAGAUAUUGGAUUAGAUUAUCGCAUAGUUUAUUCUCCAGUUUAUGCACUGGAAAAUUGGGAGAGUUUGAGAGCUUAUGUGGAAUUGUACUCUGUUAGUCUGAGAGAUUACAUUCCAGUAGCCUCAUUGUCAUUAACUGGAGAUUUCAUCAGUAAGCGUUUAAGAAUGUAUUGGUCAAAUAAAGAAAAACACAACUUUUUACACUUAAUUAAUGGUAAAAUAGUUGACACUAAUGUAUUGUUAGGAUGUUUGUUAGAGCAAAAUAUUAAAGAAUUCACUGUACCUAAAUGUUUGAAAAAUUACAUGAUUUUAUAAAAUAUAUUUAUCUUGUGUUAAAUAUGUUUAUUUUGUAAGUAAAAGUAUAGUCUAAUUAAAACUAAAAAUUGUAUGAUUUAAUGGUUUGAUUUUACUAU